UUUCACAUCAACUCAUAUAGAGAUCAUAGUAGUGAAAGAAAAUGUUAGGCCUUGGAACAUAUGGUUAUACUGCCCCUAUGGCCAGGAAGACUGUCGUGGGCUAUGAAGCUCCCGAUGGGGUUGAUAUCAGGGGCCGAUAUGAUGAAGAACUUGCAAAGAUUUUGACUAAGGAUGCCCUGCAGUUUGUGGCUGAUCUGCAGAGGGAGUUUCGGAGUCAAAUUAAGUAUGCAAUGGAGUGUAGGAGGGAGGCGAAGAGGCGGUACAAUGAGGGGGCGCUGCCGGGUUUCGAUCCGGCUACAAGGUAUGUGAGGGAAGGUGACUGGGUGUGUGCGCCUGUGCCACCGGCUGUCGCUGAUCGGAAGGUGGAGAUUACCGGUCCCGUGGAAAGGAAGAUGAUCAUCAAUGCUCUCAACUCCGGUGCUAAAGUUUUCAUGGCUGAUUUUGAAGAUGCGCUCUCACCAAGUUGGGAGAAUCUGAUGAGAGGGCAAGUUAACUUGAAGGAUGCUGUGGACGGGACUAUAAGCUUCCAUGACCAGGCCAGGAACCGGGUUUACAGGCUCAAUGACCAGACAGCCCAGCUUUUUGUCCGCCCGCGAGGUUGGCAUCUGCCUGAGGCUCAUAUUCUCAUUGAUGGCGAGCCUGCAACAGGUUGCCUUGUGGAUUUUGGCCUCUACUUCUUCCAUAACUACGCAACCUUCCGCCGGAGACAGGGUGAAGGGUUUGGGCCUUUUUUCUACCUCCCUAAAAUGGAGCACUCAAGGGAAGCUAAAAUAUGGAACUGUGUGUUUGAGAGGGCAGAGAAAAUGGCUGGAAUAGAAAGAGGAAGCAUCAGGGCCACAGUCCUAAUAGAAACACUACCAGCUGUUUUUCAAAUGGAUGAAAUCCUCUAUGAGCUCAGAGAUCACUCUGUUGGUUUGAAUUGUGGCAGAUGGGAUUACAUUUUCAGCUAUGUCAAAACCUUCCAGGGUCACUCUGAUCGGUUGCUUCCGGACAGGGUUCAGGUUGGGAUGACUCAACACUUCAUGAAGAGCUACUCUGAUCUUCUCAUUAGGACGUGCCACAGGCGCGGAGCCCAUGCAAUGGGCGGCAUGGCGGCUCAGAUUCCAAUUAGAGAUGACCCGGCAGCAAAUGAGGCAGCUCUUGAUCUGGUGAGGAAGGACAAGCAGAGAGAAGUGAGGGCAGGGCAUGAUGGAACGUGGGCAGCCCACCCUGGGCUCAUUCCGGCCUGCAUGGAAGUCUUCAACAACAACAUGGGCAAUGCAGCGAAUCAGAUCCAAACCAUGAAGCGGGAGGAUGCAGCAAACAUAACCGAAGAGGACCUCAUACAGAGGCCUAGAGGGGUCCGAACCAUGGAGGGCCUGCGCCUAAACACCCGGGUCGGGAUCCAGUACUUGGCCGCAUGGCUCACUGGAACUGGCUCAGUGCCUCUUUACAACCUUAUGGAGGAUGCCGCCACAGCUGAGAUCAGCAGGGUUCAGAACUGGCAGUGGCUGAAAUACGGAGUGGAAUUGGAUGGAGAUGGGCUUGGAGUGAAGGUGAGUUUAGACCUUUUCGGGCGAGUAGUGGAAGAGGAGAUGGCCAGGAUUGAGAGAGAGGUUGGGCGUGAGAAGUUCAAGAAGGGAAUGUACAAGGAGGCCUGCAAGAUCUUCACCAGGCAAUGCACAACCCCAACUCUAGAUGAUUUUCUGACUCUAGAUGCAUAUAACCAUAUCGUCACACACCACCCUAAGCCAUCAUCUAGACUCUGAAAGACUUCAUGACUUCAUGGUUCCUUGCUGUUAUUAUCUGGUUUGAUUUUCAGCUUUGCGUUCAUCUUCUGUUACUACUACUGUUGCCAAUAAAAGAAUAACUGAUCAUUUCUGAUGA